CAUUGUUUACAGCUGUUGUUGGAAGUAUAAGCGUGCGGUUAUUUUAAUUUUAUAUUUCAUAAAUUAUACAAUUUAAUUUGAUUUUAAGAAUUUGUCAGUAGUAUCUCAAAUAUUAACUGCUUGUCUUAGAGUUAUGUUCGAGCUACUGUUAACUUAGUGAUUGUUUGGCAUGUUUGGCGUGUCCACGUUGUUGCUCUAAUCCUUUAAAAAAUAAACUAAUAUUAAGUACUUAUAGCAAAUAUUGAAAAUGUUAAAUACGAAAAUUUUUCAAAUCAAAGCGUUGCGUUGUUAUGUCACAGCAGUUGCUAAAACGAAACUAAGUCCAAAUAAUAAAUUUGGACAGCAAUUGCUUAUUAGCUGUAAGAGACCGGAAUUCAAUAUUGAUAGACAUGUAGACGAUAGUAAAUUUGGAAGUGUGCCUCUUGCAUCCAACAGAUGGCAACACCGAAAAUCUAAGGGUGAUUUUUUUAUAAUUAACUCCACACAAGAUGAAGAGCAACGUCAAACAGAAAUGCUGUCUUUGGACACAUUUCUUCAAGACAAUACAAUUGAAUUUAAUUCGGAAUUAAUAAAAAACCUAAAGACAGAAUUUGAUAUAAAGCAAUUAACGUACAUACAGUCGACUGGCAUACCUAAAAUAUUCACUGGUGAUCACACCAUCAUAGCUGCCGAGACGGGAUGCGGAAAGACCUUAACUUAUCUAUUACCAGUGGUGCAAAAAAUAAUUGAACAUAAAAAGUCCACAAAUAUGAACAAUCGUAAAUUUAAUACGCCAUUGUCAAUUAUUUUAACGCCUGGACGUGAAUUGGCAACGCAAAUUGGUAUGGUUGCUGAAAAACUGUGUAAAGGGACUGAUAUUAAAAUAGAAACUAUACUUGGAGGCAACACAAAAAAAUUGAUGAUGAAUCCAGAGUUUAAGGACGUUGAUAUAGUAAUCGCUACAUUUGGUGCGCUUAGUAAGUUAGUCACUACAGGCAUUUAUCGUACAGAGGAGGUACAAUGUGUUGUGUUAGAUGAAGCAGAUACACUGCUGGACGAUAGCUUUUCCGAUAAACUUUGUCAUUUUCUUAAAAAGUUUCCAUUUCAUUUGCAAAAUGAACGCUCAGUGGGAACCCAAAUGCUGUUGGCAUCAGCAACCAUGCCCACUAAUAUAACUGAAUUACUGCAUAAAGUAAUAGAUGUGACCACAAUUCAAGAAGUUGUCAGUCCCAAUUUGCACAAAUUACAGCCUAACGUUGAACAAAGGUUUUUACGAAUGAAUAAAGGCGAUCGUCCCAGCAAUUUACUGAACUUGGUUAAAAGGGAGCUAUCGAAAAAUCAUCCGCUAUUAAUAUUUAGUAAUAAAUCAGCCACGAGUGAUUAUAUAUCACUUUUUUUGAAUAAUAGUGGCGUAAAUUGUCUUAACCUUAAUGGUGAUAUGCUAAUGAAAAUAAGGCUUGGUCGUUUCGAACAGUUCCAGCAAGGCAUGUGUGAUGUGCUAUCUACUACAGAUAUUGGUAGUAGAGGAUUGGACACACAAAGGGCACAACACGUUAUUAAUUUCGAUUUUCCAUUACAUGUGUCUGAUUAUAUACAUCGUUGCGGACGAAUUGGUAGAGUAGGAAAUUUUUCCAAAUCUGUAGUCACAAAUUUUAUAUCAUCGGGACGAGAAAUUGGUGUAGUGCAACGCAUCGAACACGCUGCUCGUACUGGAGGACUGCUGCCAAAUGUAAAUGCAAAUAUCAAAGGUAUAAUUAAUAAGCAAAUAUUAAAAGAUAUGGAACAGAUUAAAGCUAAAACUACGGAUGAUUUCUUUUAGUAGAAAUGUAAAAUAAUUUUGUGCAUUAUUUUAUUACGUUAAUUUU